CACACAUGCUUUAUGUAAAUUUUUAGGCAAUAUAUAUAUACGCGUAUAUAUAUGUAUCUCAAAGACUCCACCUUUCACAACUUAAACCACAACCCACUGAUUCUCUCAACUCAAAGUCUUUGCAAUUUCAAAGAAUUAUCCUUUUGAAUACAGAGGAUUUGAUGUGCAGUGGUUCCAAGAGUGAAGAUUGCUCUUUUAAUUUGGAGAUGGAGGCUGGGUUUCAAGAGGAUAAAAGCGUGUUUCUGCACAAGAAUUGCUCAAAAUUGCUUGAAUUGGCAGCCACAGAUGAUUUGGCUGGUUUUGUUUGUGAAGUAGAGGAGAGGGGUUGUGAUUUUGAUGAGGGGAGCUUCUGGUAUGGCAGAAGCUUUGGUUCUAAGAGGAUGGGGUUUGAAGAGAGGACCCCUAUCAUGAUUGCUUCUUUGUAUGGAAGCACAGAGGUUUUGAAGUAUAUUAUUGGAACUGGCAAGGUUGAUGUGAACAGAGCAUGUGGCUCGGAUGGGGCUACGGCCCUUCACUGUGCUGCGGCCGGUGGGUCGUGGUCGUCGGUUGAGAUUGUUGAGCUCUUGAUUGAUGCCUGUGGUGAUAUCAGCGCUGUUGAUGCCUGUGGGAAGAAACCUGGCGACCUGAUUGCUCCUUGUGUUAAGUCUUCCAGCAAUUCAAAGAGGAGAAUGCUGGAGAUGCUCUUGAAUGGAACCGGCAGCCGGGCUGAGGAGGGUGACGAAGAAGAAGGAAGCAAGACUCCUCAGGCAGUGAAAGAAGGGGCUGAGAAGAAAGAGUAUCCGGUGGAUGUAUCUUUGCCUGAUAUCAACACUGGAAUAUAUGGAACUGAUGAGUUCAGGAUGUAUAAUUUCAAGGUGAAGCCUUGCUCGAGGGCUUACUCCCAUGACUGGACGGAAUGCCCUUUUGUCCAUCCGGGUGAGAACGCAAGGAGGCGCGAUCCCAGGAAGUUUAACUACACUUGCGUGCCGUGCCCUGAGUUCAAGAAGGGGAAUUGUGCAAAGGGUGAUGCUUGUGAAUAUGCUCAUGGUGUUUUUGAAUCCUGGCUGCAUCCGGCCCAAUAUCGUACCCGGCUUUGCAAGGACGAGACUGGUUGCUCGCGGAAAGUGUGCUUUUUUGCACACAAACCUGAGGAGUUGCGCCCGUUGUAUGCUUCUACAGGUUCAGCAAUGCCUUCUCCGAAGUCCCUUUCAGCUAAUUCUAUGGAUUUAACGACAUUGAGUCCGUUGUCUCUUGGUUCAUCUUCGUUGAUCCUGUCCAAUACAUCGACACCGCCAGUUUCCCCUUCUGUUAAUUGUUCUUCUCCUAUGGGUGGAAGCAUGUGGCAGAACAAGGUGAACCUUACACCGCCAACAUUGCAGCUCCCGGGCAGCCGUCUCAAGACCACUUUGAGCGCAAGGGACGUUGAGCUUGAUAUGGAAAUGCUUGGAUUGGAGAAAAUCCGAACCCAACAACAGCACCAAAGGCAGCAGUUGGCAGAGGAGAUGGCUAACCUCUCUUCCCCGUACAGCAGAAUCACGGAUUUAAAACCUACUAACCUUGAUGAUGUAUUUGGAUCACUCGAUCCUUCAUUACUAUCUCAUAUGCAGGGUCUCUCGCCUACUAUCAACAACACAACCAGCUCCCAGUUGCAAUCUCCGACUGGGCUUCAAAUUCGCCAAAACAUGAACCAACUUCGAGCGAGCUACCCGCCACUCUCUAGCUCACCGGCAAGAAAGCCUUCCGCAUAUGGGUUCGACACCUCUGCAGCUGUUGCUGCGGCUGUCAUGAACUCAAGGUCAACUGCCUUCACAAAACGCAGCCAGAGCUUUGUCGACCGAGCUGGAGUUAGCUAUCGCCCCAGCCUCUCUGGUUCCGCAAAUUCCCCUAGUCUAAUGCCAUCCAAACUCUCGGAUUGGAGCUCUCCCAAUGGGAAGUUAGACUGGGGGUUCAACGGUGACGAGGCCAACAAACUCCGGAAGUCAGCUUCGUUUGGUAUACGAAGUGGUAACACAGCUGCACCGGCAGCCAUGAUCUCAUCGAACAUUGAUGAUCCAGACGUGUCUUGGGUCAAUUCGCUGGUGAAAGACGUCCCUUCCGGUCGCACCCGGCUAUUCAGUGCAGAGCAGAAGCAUGGAGGCGUUCAUGAUAUUAUGCCUUACUGGGCUGAUCAAAUGUACAUGGAGCAGGAACAGAUGGUGGCUUAAACAGCUUUGCUUGAAGAUAAUCUUCACUUAGUUUGAUAUUCUUUCAAUAUUCUUGUCGAUACGAUAUAUCAAUGAACGACUAAUCUCACAUGCUUCAACUUCAAGAAUUGGUAGAAAGAUUUGACUGAAGAAAGAAUUUUUUAAUUAUUUUUUGUAUUUUUCAAAACAGGUGUUCUUCCCUCUGGGAAAAAGUUUCUGUAAUUCUCAUAUGCAAGAUAAAAUAGAAGGAAUUUCUACAUUUCCUGUGUAGCUUUAUUGAUCUAUUAUUCCUCUUUGUAUUCUGCAAUGGAAUGUUGAUGUUAAUA